UUUAUGUAAUCUCUCUGGACUUCUAGAACUCAAAGUUAGAAAGCUGUCCAUUCCCAGUUUUGAAUGCCCUCCCCUCUGUUCGUUGCAAAAGGCCUCUCUCCAGUGGUGCUUCCUUAGUGUCCUAGGGGAAGGUGCACACUGUCACCAUGGCAGAAGGCCAGAGCCAGAGAUGAAAGGGUGAGGGCUGGCCACUGGGCAGCCUUGAUGGCAGGAUGGGUGGAGCCUCAAAGGCUCAGAUCUUAAAUCUCCACCUGGCUUGAUCCAGAUAUCCACCCAUUUGAAAACCACCUAGGAUACAAAGGCAUUAUGAAAAACCUCUAUUUCAGAAUCAUUACCAUAGUUAUAGGUCUUUAUUUUACUGGAAUAAUGACAAAUGCAUCAAGAAAAAGCAAUAUUUUAUUCAAUUCUGAAUGCCAAUGGAAUGAAUAUGUUCCGACAAAUUGUUCUUUUACCGGAAAGCAUGAUAUACCUGUGGACACAUCACAGACAGCAGCCACUGUGGAUAUAAGUUUCGGUUUCUUUAGAGUUUUCUUAGAGUGUCACAUGAAAAAAGAAGAAUGGAAAAUAAAACAUCUGGACCUCAGUAACAGUCUCAUAUCAAAAAUAACGUUAAGCCCUUUUGCAUAUUUACAUGCUUUGGAAGUGUUAAACCUCAGCAACAAUGCCAUCCACUCCCUCUCAUUGGAUCUACUCAAUCCUAAGUCCUUAUGGGUGAAACGCCACAGAAGCAGUUUCAGAAAGAGGUUUCCAUUGCUGAAGGUGCUCAUUCUUCAAAGAAAUAAACUCAGUGACACUCCCAAGGGACUGUGGAAAUUGAAGUCAUUGCAGAGUUUGGAUCUGUCAUUCAAUGGGAUAUUGCAAAUUGGGUGGUCUGAUUUUCAGAAUUGCCUGCAACUGGAGAAUCUCUAUUUAAAGGGCAACAAGAUAUUCAAAAUUCACCCACAAGCCUUCAAGGACCUCAAAAAAUUGCAGGUCGUGGACCUCAGCAACAAUGCUCUGACCACCAUCCUACCAAUGAUGAUCAUGGCUCUAGAACUCCCCCAUCUGGUGGCUGACUUGGCUGAUAAUCACUGGCGGUGUGACGAUAGCGUGGCAGUCUUUCAAAAUUUUAUUUCUGAAUCCUGGAGGAAAAAGUGGAAUGUCAUUUGCAACAGGUCUAUAGGGAGUGAGGAGGCCAAUGGGGGGACCCCCCAGAGCAGAAUUUCCAGGGAAACCCACCUUCCUUCCAUUCAUCUGCAUAGCGUGAAAAGCCUCAUAAGGAGCAAAGCAGAGAGGCCCCGGGGAGGAAGGCACACAGGCGUCUCCACUCUGGGAAAGAAGGCAAGGGCCAGCUCUGGUCUCAGGGAGAAGCAGAGACGGCUGCCAAGAAGUGUUAGAAGUGCCCGGGAUGUGCAGGCUGCCGGCAGAAAGGAGGACGCUCCCCAGGACCUGGCUCUGGCAGUGUGCCUGUCAGUGUUCAUCACAUUCCUUGUCGCCUUCUGUCUGGGGGCUUUCACGAGGCCUUAUAUUGACAGACUGUGGCAACGAAAGUGCCAGAACAAAAACCCUGGCCAGAACAACGGGUAUUCAAACGAGGGCUUCUACGACGACGUCGAAGCUGUGGGACGCACACCACACCCAGAGACCCAUCUGCACCAAGCAUUUCCUGAUCUAAGCCUCUAUGAGAACCAGACCCCUUUCUGGGAGACACAGCCACAGCCACAGCCACAGCCACACGCCACCGUAAUUCCUGAUAGAACGCCGAGAAGGAGCAGCAAGGAUCCUGGCAGUCCGCAGAGCUCAGGACAGUGCAGGGACAACACCGGGGCGGGAAGUGGAAAUGACGGUCCAGCCUAUUCCAUUCUCCAGGGACAUCCACAGGCCAGAAACCAUGAACUAAUGUCAGCAGCGCAGGACCACAUCCAUAGGAGUGAUGUUCUUGAAGAAUGCACGUAUGAAACUGUGGCCCAGGGAGAGCCUCUCAGUGCACACUCAGUGGGUGUCUCUUCUGUAGUGGGCGUCUCUUCUGUAGUGGGCAUGUCACAUGCCGUCUCCAGCUCAAACCAUCAUGAUUCCAGUGAAUUAGAGCCAUCCCUCUCUGGAGAAAUGAUAACUUCCCUCUGUAAAAUGCUAAGGCAUGCAGAAGCACAGAGGAUUGGAGAGAGUAAGGAAAGAGGGGGCACUGAACGGUCACUCUGGGACUCACAGAUGGAAUUUUCUAAGGAAAAGCAAGUGAGACCAUCCACUGAUUUGCUGAGCAUACAACAGCCAAGGCUGUCGGGGGCAAGUGCUGAGGAAGAGCUUUCGGCCCACUGCAGCGAGGUCCCAUGCAGUGACCCAGGAGACACAGGCCCAUCAGUCUUUCCUCUAAGAUGGGAUGGUGGCCCAGUUAUCACUCCUGCUAAUGAGGAACCAGAGCAGAAAUCCACUCCUUCUGGCACUUGGUGUGUGGUGGAGAGUGACUGUGACUCUGAUGAGGGGUCUUUGUUCACUCUAAGCUCCGUAAGUUCAGAGGGUGCAAGGAGCGAGACUGAAGAGGUAUCACCUGACAAGGAGCCCAGGCAGGAUGAGGAGCCCCUACAGGACAAGGAGCCCUUGAAGGAUGAGGAGCUCUUGCAGGACAAGGAGCCCUUGCAGGACAAGGAGCCCUUGCAGGAUGAGGAGACCUUGCAGGACGAAGAGCCCCUACAGGACGAGAAGUUCCUGCAGGACGAAGAGCCCCUACAGGACAAGGAGACCUUGAAGGAUGAGGAGCCCCUGCACAACAAGGAGCCCUUGCAGGACCAGGAGCUCUUGCAGGACCAGGAGCCCCUACAGGAAAAGGAGCUCUUGCAGGACGAAGACCCCCUGCAGGAUGAGGAGCCCUUGCAGGAUGAGGAGUUCUUUCAAGAUGAGGAGCCCCUACAGGACGAGGAGUCCCUGAAGGACGAGGAGUUUCUGCAUGACGAAGAGCCCCUACAGGACGAGGAGUUCUUGCAGGACGAAGAGCCCGUACAGGAUGAGGAGUUCCUGCAGGACGAAGAGCCCCUAUAGGACAAGGAGCCCUUGCAGGACGAGGAGCUCUUGCAGGACCAGGAGCCCCCACAGGACAAGGAGCUCUUGCAGGACAAGGACCCC